AUGAAGGACAGUUUGGGUGACAAUUCAUUCAUCGACAAUAUCACUUCGACAACAUUGGCGAGUAUGCUCACUUCAAAUGUAUCUCAUGCCAUUCCAUGGCUCGACCGUAUAUUCUCUAAUACAUCAUUAGGUCAUCGUUUAUUAGAAAGGAUGACGUUAACUAAUCUCCGACAUGCCUUUUACCUUAUAUCUCCAUAUGAGACAGCUGUUGAAUCUCUUGAUCAAGUGCCAAACUAUAAUGUAGAAGUAUCAGCAUGGUGGAUAACAUUCAUCAUCAUUGAGUUUAUCAUAUUAGCUGUAUCGGGUCAUCAUGACAAGUUUGCUAUGAAUGAUUCUAUAACAUCUAUAUGUGCUGGUAUGCUUAGUCAGUGUUUCAAAUUUGGAGGAAGAACAGUUGCCAUAUUUCUUUAUGUCUAUGUAUGGAAUACAUUUCGUCUGUUGGAGCUGCCGUGGGACUCACCAUGGACAUGGAUCUUAUGCUUAUUCUUUCAAGAUCUUAUGUACUAUUUUGGACAUCGUGCUGUACAUGAAGCUGGAUUCUUCUGGGGGUUACAUACCAUACACCAUAGUUCCGAAUACUAUAACUUCUCAACGGCUUUAAGGCAAGCUGCAAUACAGGAUGCUGGUUUAGCUAUCUAUGACGUUAUUCAGGCUUUCUUCAUUCCGCCUCCUAUAUUCCUGGUUCACCGGUAUUUUAGUGAAAUUUUUCAAUUUAUAAUGCACACAAGUCUGAUUGGUAGUAUGGGUCCGUUAGGCUUUGUCUUCAAUACACCCUCUCAUCAUCGGGUUCACCAUGGACGUAAUCCUUACUGUAUUGAUAAGAACUAUGGUGGAGUAUUCAUAAUAUGGGAUAAGAUGUUUGGAACGUUUGAAGCAGAACGAGAGGAUGACCCACCAGUUUACGGAUUAGUGACGAAUGAGGACUCCUUCAAUCAAUUACAUCUUCAAUUCCAUACCAUAUGGGAUAUUCUAUUGUUCAAAGGACAGAUGAAAGAUAAAGAAGGACAUCCUAUAUUCCCGGGUGUUAAGAACAAAAUCAAAGCUGCUUUAUAUCCACCUGGAUGGAUGCCCAAUGUGCCAAUCAUACCAUUCUUCCAUUGGAUGAGCAUGGUUGAUCCAAAGCACGGUGUACCCGAGCCUGAGAAACCAGUAGUCAAAUACAACCCAUUGGUUGAACUAUGGAAAAGGAUAUACAUAAUGAGUCAUUUCUGCCUCUUCUUGGCAAUCUUUUUCCACUUUGAAUAUGAUCGUUCUCAUCUUGGGUACAUCGACUUCAGUCUUAAGAUAGCCUUCUUCCUAUUGACCAUGCAGUGCUUUGGAGCAUUCUUUGACAAGCGAUGGUAUGCACCAUACUUGGAAAUAACAAGAUGCUUAGGAGUUCUGGGCUUCUAUGCUGUCCUUAUACUAGAUCAUAUAGGACCAGGACCACAUAGACUCUUUAUGAUAUCAUUCCAUGCCAUAUCCCUUGUUAUUUGGAUCGGAUAUCUUAUACAGCAAAAAUGGACUUCAAUGAACAAGUCAUCGAAAGUUGCACAAGUAUCCGAAAAAGCAGUCAGCAUAUCCAUGAUCUCUUCCAACUUGCCAGAUUUAAAAGUUAAGGAUUUCACACGUAAAUCCAUUGCCGAACCAUCAUCUCACUCCCAUUUGUAA